AUGAAGAUAUCUAAGUGGAGGUGGAGCAGCAUCUCCAUCAGUGCACAAUCACAGCUGAAAGGCACCUUGGCCCUUCUUCUUGUGGGCAACAUUGUCUUUGUGAUAGCUCAGCAGGACCUGACACAGACCUCCAACAGUCUGGAGGAAGGGGCAGACGUCACCGCGUACUGGUGGGGAGAGUGGACCAAGUGGACAGCGUGCACCAGGACCUGUGGGGGAGGUGUCAAAUCCCAGGAUAGGCACUGCCUGCGGCAGAGAAGAAAGUCAGUGAGUGGGCUGGCUAACAAAACUUGCACUGGAACAUCCAAAAGAUACCAACUCUGCAAAGUACAAGAGUGCCCUGCGAACGGAAGGAGCUUUCGAGAGGAGCAGUGCUCAUCAUUUAACUCCCAUGUGUAUAAUGGCAGAACAUAUCAAUGGAAACCUUUAUAUCCUGAUGACUAUGUUCACAUUUCUAGCAAGCCCUGUGACCUCCAUUGCACCACUGUGGACGGUCAGAGACAGUUAAUGGUUCAGGCUCGGGAUGGAACAUCCUGCAAAUACACUGAUUUCCGAGGGGUUUGCGUGUCUGGAAAAUGUGAGCCCAUUGGCUGUGAUGGCAUUCUCUUUUCCACCCACACCUUGGAUAAAUGUGGAGUUUGCCAAGGAGAUGGGAGCAGCUGCACCCACGUAACUGGCAGUUACAGGAAAGGAAAUUCUCAUCUUGAGCGGAAAAAAUCUGCAGAUGUUCUGGCUGUGGCUGAUGAAGCUGGGUACUAUUUCUUCAAUGGGAACUACAAAGUUGACAGCCCUAAGAACUUCAACAUUGCAGGCACAGUGUUCAAGUACCGCCGGCCCAUGGAUGUGUACGAGACUGGCAUUGAGUAUAUUGUUGCCCAAGGACCAACAAAUCAAGGGCUGAAUAUAAUGGUCUGGAAUCAAAAUGGCAAGAACCCAUCCAUCACGUUUGAAUACACUCUCCUGAGGAAGCCACACUCAAAAAAUCUGCAGCCCAUCUACUACACCUUCUCCGAGUCAGAUAGCGAAGAAAGCAGAGAAUUUGAUGGAGACGUGCCAUUGGGUUUUAUCCAGCACAAUGCAACCUAUUUUGGGAAAAUCUCCAGGGAAAGGAUAGACUUGGAGAACCAGGUGUUUGGAAGGCAGGACACGGAGGAAGAUUUAAACUUGAGCAAAGGUCAGGAAACCAAUGAGGUCUAUGAAAGAGCAGAAACAAUUGACUGUGAGCCAAAACUGAAGGGCAAACAACCCCAAGAUUCAAACGUAACCAGGUCUACUUACCAGACAGACCAUGACGACAGAGACUUGGACCCCAGGUUCACCUCCAGGGAAUUCCUUUUGGAGAAUGCCAUCACAGACAAGCUGCUGGACAAGACCUCAGACUCCAAGGAGCUGGUGCUCAACAUGACCAUGAACAGCAUCUUUUCCCAGGGAGACCCAAUCAACUCUGUGGGGUCACACAUUGACAGCCUCUACGUUGACUAUGAGGACACUGAAGGUGUUGUGACCUACUCCAUUAACAGCACUUACAUGGAGCUGAGCAAUGGCAAAGCCACCAACACAUCUGCAGAGACACCUUUUUCCAAUGCCACUGUCACCAUGAGCAGCCCUCAAGGGAACAGAACCCACAAAGCAAGAUUGAAGUUGUUAAGAAAGGGCCAAGGUGUGAGUGCUGCUGACAUGUACAGGUGGAAGCUUUCCUCCCAUGAACCCUGCAGCUCUACAUGUACCACAGGAGUGAUGUCCACAUAUGCGAUGUGUGUUCGCUAUGAUGGGAUCGAAGUGGAUGAUACAUACUGUGAUGCCAUGACCCGUCCUGAGCCCAUCCAUGAGUUCUGUGCUGGGAGAGAGUGCCAGCCAAGGUGGGAAACAAGCAGCUGGAGUGAGUGUUCCCGCACCUGUGGGGAGGGUUACCAGUUCCGCAUCGUCCGCUGCUGGAAGAUGAUCUCCCCAGGAUUCGACAGCUCCGUGUACAGUGACCUCUGUGAGUCUGCUGACAUCACCCGUCCGGAUGAGCGCAAGGUCUGCAAGAAUCCUGCCUGUGGGCCCCAGUGGGAGAUGUCAGAGUGGUCUGAGUGCUCAGCCCGGUGUGGAGAGCGGAGCGUGGUGACGAGGGACAUUCGCUGCUCGGAGGAGGAGAAGCUGUGUGAUGCCAGUGUCCGACCCCUGGCUGAGAAGAACUGCACUGGGCCUCCCUGUGACCGCCAGUGGACUGUCUCUGACUGGGGACCGUGCAGCGGUGGCUGUGGGCAGGGCAGGAUGAUCCGACACGUGUACUGCAAAACCAGCGACGGGCGAGUGGUGCCAGAGUCACAGUGCAACCUGGAGGCGAAGCCACUGGCCAUCCACCCCUGUGGGGACAAGAACUGCCCCUCGCACUGGCUGGCACAGGACUGGGAGAGGUGUAACACAACCUGUGGCCGAGGUGUGAAGAAGAGGAUUGUGCUGUGCCUGGAGAUAGUCAAUGGCAAGAUCAAGACUCGAAACCCUACUGACUGUGACGUGGCCAAGAAACCCAUGGAGGAGACAACAUGCUUUGAGCGGCCGUGCUUCAAGUGGUACACGACCCCCUGGUCAGAGUGCACGAAAACCUGUGGAAUUGGUGUGAGGAUGCGAGAUGUGAAGUGCUACCAAGGGAAGGACAUCGUCCGGGGCUGUGACCCCUUGGUGAAGCCAGUGGGCAAACAGACUUGUGACCUGCAGCCCUGCCCCACAGAACCCCCAGACGACAGCUGCCAGGACCAAGCAGGAACCAACUGUGCUUUGGCCAUCAAAGUGAACCUGUGCAGCCACUGGUACUACAGCAAAGCCUGUUGCCGUUCCUGCCGCGCUCCCCACUCCUAG